AUGAUAACAACUUUGUUAGAGGUAAUGUUAGGUUAGGGGAAGGGUAGGUGCGCAGUUGCUCAGACACUAACAUUAAGCCGAAAAUUCCCUCUCCCGUACAUAGAUCAGUACAUCACAAUCACUCGUCACGAGGGAAGAUAGAACUUACCUGCGGAAGAAAAGACACAUUUUAGGCCCACCAAACAUGUUCCUCUUCGUAGCAAUUCUCGCUGUAAUUCUGAUUAUAAUCUUUGUCCUGGACUGUGAUUUUAUUCUCAAAUUCCACGAGCAGUUUGGGGCUAAACCGGAGGAAAAACUUCGCGGUAAAGUGGUUUGGAUCACAGGGGCUUCGAGUGGUAUUGGGGAAAACCUGGCUUAUGAGCUGGCAAAAUGCGGCUGUAAAUUGGUGCUGUCGGCAAGAAGAAAGGAAGAACUAGAAAGGGUAAAGGCAAAAUGCAUUGGUAAGCUCACUAUAUAUUUCUAAUCCCAAACAAGGCACUUCGUUUAUUCAUAUCAUAGCUCUUCUAGGUUGGUACAGAUUAUAGACCUUACCCUCUCCUGAGUCAGGUGGGGUGCUUGCCAACGCGACCUUUGGAUUAUAAAAAGUAAUGAUGCGAUCCUCUAAGCCAAAUUGCAAUAGAAGAAGCAGCAGAAAAAGAAACCUAACCAGAUUGAAACCCAUGACUUCCAAGUGUGGUUGAAUGUUGCUAUCAACUUGGCCUACCAACUAAGUCAGGAAGGUUUAGCCUCCUCUCAAGAAAUCUGAACACAAAUAAUAUAAAAGAAAUACAAUUUGACAUGUAAAUAAAGACAAAUAAUAAAGUAAUUCUUACAGGUGAAUUAAAAUUACUGGCAAUGAAAGAAAUUGCAGAAAAAGAAGGCAAAGAAGCCUGCAUUUUUUCAGGCUAAUUUUUCUCUAAUUUUUUUCAAAUGCAAGUUAAAAGCCUGAAGCAUAUAAUUUCUCUGUCACUUAACCUCAAAUUUGUCUAACCAAAUGUGGAUGGGACCUCAAAGUCAUUGCAUUGAUACUGAUAUUGGUGCUAUUUGAUAAACUGCAAUUUUUAAAAUUUUUUUUGUCAGUUCUGGCAGGGGAGAAGUCACCUGCUAUUGAUGUUUUAGUUCUUCCAAUGGAUGUCACAGAUUAUAAUUCACAUAAGGACCAUGCUCAAGCUGUUAUGGAUCACUUUCAGAGGGUCAGUGAAUUAAAUAUGAUUCAAAAUGGGAUCUGAUAUAAUUUAAAAUGAAAUAAAUUUACUGUGGACUUUUUCAGCUAUAUCACCAAUUAGGAAUACACCAUUAGUUAAGAAAAAGAUAGAUUACAAGGCAGAAGACCCAUCAAGCAGGAGCAUCACAUGAUUUAUAAAGCGUGAAUCAAUAAGGAGUAUUUCUACAUUGUACUAGAUAGGAUGCUAGUCCAUCCCAGGGUUACCUCCAUUCUCCACGAGUUUUUCAGGUCUCCUUGCAAGUCUGCAGGGAUCCAUUUAUACUUUAGGAUGGGGAGACUCACUGUGAGAGGAAAGGGGCUUCCCUUAGAUCACAAAACAGUGACCUCACUAAAACUUGAAUCCAGGGGUUUUGAUAUGCAGUCCAACGUAUUAAUGUAUACUACUGGUAGUCUCCCUUUUCCAAAUUACAGGACUCAAAAAUAAAUUUGCUUUCUUUCCAAGGCUUUUUCAACUAAGUGCAGGUCUUAAAGGCAGGUUUUCAUUGUAACUGUGCAAGGAUAGAUUGAGGGGAGGGGUGCAGGGGGUGCACACCCUACCUUAGAUGACCUUCAGUUUUCUUAUGUAACUUGUGUUGUGAAGAUACAAACUUUGUGAUUUAUUGGUGUUAAGUAAAAUGGAAGAAAAAAUUGAAGAAUUGAUAUUUAAGCCCAUGUCAAAUGGCAGUUUGGCACUAACAUUCUAAACAUAAGUCCUUCUAUUCGUCAUAGCAGACAUCAGUUGUGUCAUUCCUUGGUGGUGCAAAAUGUCCAGAGAAAAAUCCUGGAUCUGCCCCUGCAAUUUUAGGGUUGGCAUGUUAAUUCAAUUAUCAACCCCUCUAGGGAGAGUGCAGACAUCAAUGUUAUUUACACCAUAUCACUCAGUGUCUUUGCAAAAAACCAUUAAGAGAAAUAGGUUGCAGAGACUUUGCUUUCCUCUUUCCCUUUUAUUACAAAAUAAUGUAUCUUGAAAACAUAUCUUCCCUGUGUGAAAUAGAACUUUUCACCUUACAGAUUGAUAUUCUGGUCAACAAUAGUGGCCGAUCCCAGCGUGGUCUUGUACUGGACACUCCUGGUGUGGAGGUUGACAAAGCAAUGAUGACUAUAAAUGUCCUUGGACAAAUUUCAUUGACCAAGGUAGUAUUACCUCACAUGAUCAAGCAGAAAACAGGACAGAUCAUUGUUACAAGCAGUGUGGCUGGCAAAGUUGGUAUGUGAUAAAUAUUAUUACUCACUGUUUCACAAUUUUUACUUUUUAUAUUACUGAGGUAGAUGCAUUAACUAAAGGAAAAUGAUGAUCUCAUGCCAGCAGUGAAAAUAUUGUUCACUUGAGAUAUAUUUUUGCAUAAGAGUCACAAAUGAAUUGUCAGUCAAGGUUUGGAUUUUUAUCUUAUAUUAUAUUUAUAUAAUUAUAUUAUAUUUAUAUAAUUAUAUUAUAUUUUUAUAAUUAUUGGUUACUGUGCUCUUGGUUGUUGUUCUAACUAUUCCCCUUAUUUUACACCUAUUUUACAGGUUCUCCAGGACAAGCUACAUACAGUGCAACUAAAUAUGCUAUUCAGGUUUGUACAUAAUCAUGGUAACCAAAAAUUACCUAAAUGAAGAGCCUUUUUGUACUUUUAGAUUUUAUAAUUUUUUCACAGGGAUUGGGACUUUCAGGUUGCUUCUUCUUGCAUUUAACAAACCUACAACAGCUUUGAUCAAAGUUCAAGAAUCUAGUAAUGUUUGGCUUAAUAGUUCUGUAGUUUGUCUGGCCUACACAUAAAGAGAAAACAGAAGUGAUCUGUUCUUAUCACUUGGCACCAUAUCAGGUUUCCUUUAGUAAAUAAUAUUUUGUUGUGUUGAAGGGUCCUUAGCCCAACAAAAGGUUGAAGGGUUGCUUCCUCUAGGAAUUGCUAAGAGGAGGAAAUCUUUUUGUCAACUUUUUAGGGUUAUUACUUUCAUGGGGGUGGUUUGUUUGUUUUGGUAUUUAUGAAAUUUGUCCUUGACUAGCUGGUGAUUAAUGCUGUGAAAAAAUAAUUGGUUAUAACAACCUUUAACAGGUGCAUAUUUUGUAAUUAAAGUUAUCCUUCUUGAGGUAAAGAUUAUUGAUGGUUACUGUUGUGACUCGCCAGGGUUACUACAACACAUUACGCAUGGAGGUGAAUGAACAUGGCAUUGGUGUGACACUGGUAUGCCCUGGUCCUGUUCAAACAGAUGUUGUGGCAAAUGCCUUCACUGAAGAUGUAAACAAGGUAUGAAAGAAUCAGGGUAAUUUAGUAUUAUCAACUAAGUUGAUAACUAAAAUUGGCCACCAUAAAGAGUUUAAAAGCUAACACUUCAAGUAUUAGCCCUUUGUGAGAGCAAUUGAAAGAUUCAAGCAACAGCAAAGGGUAUUCUUUCAACCAAGAAUUUUUCUUCUCUCUCUGUUGUUUUAAGAUAGAUAAUCUCUUUUUUCAAGUAGUAAGAAGUAAAAAUUUUCCUUGCAGACAAGCCUGUUAAACCUUGUACUCUUAAGAUCUCCAUGUCAAUUCUCUUUGUGCUUUAAAUAUUUUUGUGGUUGAGUCUCUGGGAAUAUGGGGUGGAAUUUAACAUUUUCCUCAGUGGACAUAACAGUUCUUCUCAUCACUUUUCUAUGUGGAUAUGUACUGUUAUGGUACACAGAAAUUUCUUUCUUUAACUCUUGGGAGCUUGGGGGUUCAUUUGUUAACUAAAUUGAAACGGUAAAUUUUGUAUGUGUAGCAAUUUAAAGAGAAAGCAACAGUUCAACGGGACAGUAAGAGAAUGCAACCAGCAAGAUGUGCUCACCUUAUGACUGUGGCGAUGGCUAACAAGCUUGAUGAAGUGUGGAUUUCUCCAAACCCUGUCCUGCUAUUUAUCUACAUCAGUCAGUACUGUCCUGUACUAUAUGAUUGGUAAGUCAGUGUGUCUUGUGAAAGAAAGGGGUUGGGGGGGAAGGGGGGAGGGUUUGGGGUGCCAUAGCUGUUCUUGCACAAAGAUUUCCACCAUGAGAUUUUUACUAUUGAAACUAUCCAUUGGAAUGUUUUACUUUCCUUUCUACUCGGAAAAUUAUGAUACUUGUACCAUAUUGUGCAAGUAACUCCUGUACAUUUUUUUUUUCUAGGUUUGCCAAACGUGUAGGUAUGAAACAGGUUCGAAGGAUGCGGGAAGAAACAGAAUCAAGGUAAUUGCUGCCUAAAAUUGACUCUAAUUUAUUCUGAAUGAAUUGAAAUGAGUGGUAUAUCUACACAUUGAUAGCUCUAUUCAAGUGUUUGAAUGUUUAAUGAAGGAUCUUUUUUAACUGCAACCCUUUGAGAUCACGAAUGUUGAUCUGAUUAAUGUGGGAAAGGAAUAAACAACCAAACAAACAAGUCUAUGAAAUACAAUGCACUUAUGGCUGCUAUAACCUAGGAGGCUAAAAUAUCCUUAUUGAAAACAAAAUGCUCUUUUCUGAAUGCUAUAAGGCCAAGAUUCAACCAUCAAGUCGUCUUGGAAUCACGAGGAUAAAAGUUAGUUAAGCAUUCAUUUAUACCACACAAAUUUUUUUCACAGCCUUCACAGGUCAACAUUAAGUCCAUUUCUUUCCCCAUACCCAACCUUUCUUAUAAUGAACCCCUGGGUAUUCUUUGGUUCAUGGGUUGUGGAUUCUUUAUCAGGAUGGGACAGCACUGUACAAAGGUUAAGGCAACACAUCUUGUGUUUGUUUUGAAAUAAACUGAUUAUCGUAUCUUUGUAUUUCAGGAAAAAAGACUGACGGACAAAAAGCCAGCAACAAGUGAAACUCUAAUGUAAUUAAUGAUUGUAAUUGUGCUGUGAUCUUCAAGAUUAUUAAGAUAUAAAUAAAACAAGACUGUUAGUUUUUCAUGCGUUCAGUAUGCUCUAUCUCAACUUGUUUUACACAACAUAAAGAAAAAAUUCACUGCCUUUAUUAAUGUCAGCAAUAAAGGGUACUGUUUGCCAGGACACAAAAGUAUCCUUACUAGCAAUGAGUUGACUGACAAUGGCAGAGGCUCUAUUAUACUUUGUCAGUUUGUAUUGUACAUAUCCUGUGAGCAGACUUCUGAUUGGCCCAGCGGCAUGAGCGGUGGAGCCUUGUGAGUGUGCCAGGGUCCAGGCCCCCUUACAGACCUCUUGCAGGCAUUACCCCUAGUGCCACAGGGCUAUUGAGAACAUGCUUAUAGGCUUUGGUGUACUUAAACACUCCAGAGAAACUUCCAGGACACAUGAAAAGAUAAGAAAAGGCAAUGACAAACAAAAUGAGGCAUUCAUAGGUCUGCCAUGAAGACAUGCUGCUAAGGAUGGCCAAAGCCUACUUCUGUUAACCAAAUUUGUGGCUCAUAGCACCCACAUAUGUUUUAAUCUAGCUCACAGGAGCAUAACAAACAUAGAUUUCGCGAUACGAAAAUAUCUAUUUCAACAUGACACUACACCUUCAUCUGGUCUUCAAAGUGCUCGAGUGGCUCUGGGAACGAGAAUGGUUAUUACAGAGAACUGGUGGUUUCCAGUCUCCACCCCAUUGUAAUCGGAUCGAGAUCUUUGGAAGUAAACUGACCAGUGAAAAUACUUUACUUCUGGUACUUUUGUUUUCUCCGAUAAACAUGCUUCACUUUUGCUAAAAACCAGCGGAGCAGUUGGCGAUAUUUAUAUCCUCUCAGCCGAGAAUUUCAGCAAGACAUUGGUCGUUCUGAUUUCUGAUAUUGUAAUCUCAAAUCAAGACAUUUCGUAAUUGUAAUCAAAUUAUUUUGAGCAAAGUUGCCAAAAAUAAGCUGAAGUAAAUAAUUCAAAGACUAAAGAAAGGUGAAAGAGCCAUCGUAAAGGUGAGUGCUUUUUUUUUUUCUCUGAAAAUUGAAUUUUGCAUGCUGUUGAUCUCGCAACCAUUUGAUUACGUAUAUAGUAAGAUAUUCAACUUGUUGGUCUAGAUCUCAAAUUUAUGGACUCAAUUGAUUUCUUGCAAUGUUUGUUUUAAACAUUUUCUUUGAAAGAUAUAUUUUUUAACCAAAUUUUAUUUCUAUUGCUGCAUUGUAUCCAAUGUGAUUCACCACUCAAUCAAUCUGAGAAAUGCAGGCCUGGCUCAUUUACUAAGCCCCUGCCUGAAAUUGGACAUUUGAUGAGAUCACCUCUCCCAACCCCCCCAACACCCCUUUAACCUUCACCAAAAUUUUCCCUCCCAAGGUUUAAUUGUUAAUUCUCCCCUCUAGCUGCUGCACACAUUUCCUUGUAAAUAAGUUAUAAGAAUUUGAUGUUUAGUCAAGAUAACUUCUACCUGAUUAGUUUGAGUGUUCUCGUUACCUGUUAGUUGAAUGAUGUAUGGAUAUUAUAGGGAGAACUUACAUGUUAAUCACUUUCAGGAGUUAAAGGGUUAAAGUGGCUCUUAUUAUUUUAGAAUCUUCAUUCCAUAAACCAGUAUGUUCUAUACUGUGAAGCGCAUCCCCUUAGAGUGGAUCCCAAUGCAAGAUGGAACCAAACUUGCAGCUAAACUGUGGAUUCCAGAACCAAUUAAUAAAACUGACUUACCUGCAGAAGAAGGAAAAUAUCCAGCCGUACUAGGUCAGGAUUUUUAAGCACUGUUCAAAGCAUUCAAUUUGUCAGCACAUUGUAAAAGGUCUUCUGCAAAUAGGAGGUCAAAUUUCAUUUCAGCUAUUUAAAUUUUUUCUUCCCUAGAAUUUCUUCCAUAUCGCCGCAUUGACUGGACUGCUACAAGGGAUGAAAAGAACCAUUCAUACUUCUGCUCUUAUGGCUACGUUUGUGUCCGUGUGGACAUGCGGGGAUCUGGGGACUCAGAAGGAUUUUAUUACGAUGAAUAUGAAAAGCAAGAGCAAGAGCUGUGAUGUUAAGAGCAAAGAUGAGAUGUUGUGAUGUUAUUUAAAGCCACACCUUGUGCACCAGCUAAGAUUGUAACUAUGGUUCAACCAUUUGGUGUACUGGUUCCAAAAAUUUUGGUUCCCACAUUUUAAAUUCCAGGGCAUUUCCCCUUUGAUCAUAGAAACAAAUAAAUUAGUUCACCAUAGUAAUAGAUCACAAAAAUGUCAAAAUGUGGAAAGAACAUCAGUGAUAUACUUGGCUGCCUCUGUGUGCUACUUUUUUACAAUUAAUUUUGUUUUUGUCAGGUAUGUAUGGUAAAAGCUGGGGGGGAUUCAAUGGACUUCAGGUAGCUGCUAGACGACCCUGUGCACUCAAGACCAUCAUCUCUACAUAUUCCACUGAUGACCGAUAUGCUGACGACAUUCAUUACCGUGGUGGCUGUGUCCUUGGCAGGGAAAUGUUAUCUUGGGCUCACAUCAUGUUCCUAUGGAAUGCACGUCCUCCUCAUCCAGACAGCUUAGGCCCAAGGUUUUUUUCAAAAUCGUUUUUUUGCUUUCAACAUGCAUGCUAUUGAAAAGAGUCAUUAUUAUGGUUUUGUUUUCUUAGUAGAGAAUAGGGCUGUUCCAUUGCUAUCUCCAGCUUGCUCUAUCCUUUAUAGCUGUGACCACUUCAUUCUAUGCCCUCCACCCAGUUCUUCAUAACCUCUCUUUUUCAGCCUUGGUGGUCUUCUUCUUGCUACCUGCUCACCUCAUGUCUUGAUGCCCCCCUCUUGUCCUAGUUCCCCCCUUUGUAAAAAAAUUAUGUCAUACUGGUACUCCUUUAAAUAAGAUAUAAGCUUGUACUAGUUUAUAAAAAGUUAGCUCAGCCUAGUGAUUUUUUUAAAGACCAAUGUCUUUGGUAUUCCUAUAAAUGUAGGGCCUAAGUUGAUCCCAUCUGGGAAUUGUCAGGGGCUGGAAAAAAAUAAGCAAGAAGUAUACUGACUCAAAAAAUAUAUAUAUCAGAAUCAACUUCAUUAUGUUCUUUAAAUUCACAGAUGGAAACAAAUGUGGCUAAAUCGUCUGAACAAAUCCAGUGAACCCUGGAUACACAUUUGGCUUUCACAUCAGUCACGUGAUGCAUACUGGAAGCAUGGUUCCAUAGCUGAGGAUUACACCUCAAUAAAAUGUCCUGUGUUUCUGAUUGGUGGAUAUAGUGAUCUUUACACUGAUGCAGUAUUCCGCAUGGUGGAACAUCUUAACUGUCCUGUCCGCGCUCUCAUAGGGCCAUGGUCCCAUGCAUGGCCUGCAGAUUCUUCACCAGGGCCUCGGAUAGAUCAUCUUAAAGAGUGUGUCAGGUGGUGGGACUGUCAUUUAAAGGGCCUUUCGACUGAUGUCAUGAAGGAACCUCUAAUAAGGAUGUUCUUGAGGGAUGGUAUGAUGUCUUAGGCUCCCAACAGUUUUGACUGUCCUUUGGUCAAUUUUUAUUUUUUACGAGCCAGCUAUUCAAAUUUAUGAAGCAAAAAUCCUUUUGUUUAUACAGAAUUUGGAAUAUUGAUUUUUUGGAGGUGAGAAAACUUGUUGCUUUCUUCUCUUGAAGGAAUUUCAAUGGCACACAAGGAAGAUAUUUGGCCGGGCAGGUGGGUAGCUGAAGACUGCUGGCCCUCACCCAAUGUUCAGCUACAAGAAUUCAUACUACACAAUGACCAAAGACUGGCACUAACAACAGAGAACUAUGAACAAGCCACUGGCCAAGAAUCAGUGGAAUCCAAUGUAUUUGUCAAAUCUUCAUUUCUUAGUGGAUCAUGGGGUGGUCUGCCAUUGGCUUUUAGUCUCGAUGAACUGCCAAUUGAGCAGGGAUUUGAGGACAAUUUGUCUGAGUGCUGGGAGACAGUGAUGCUCAAUAAACCUACUGCUAUAGUGGGAUUUCCUGAGGUGCAUCUGCAGCUAAGUUCUGAUAGGCCCUGUGCUCUGGUAGCCGCCAGGCUAUGUGAUGUGUUUCCAAACGGCGAAUCUGCACUAAUCACAAGAGGUAUACUAUCUACCUUCUAGACAAACAAUUCAAUGAAUGAAUUAAACAAACAGACCAAGAAGAACCAAGUACUUCCAGCUUUUUAAGAAUAAUUCUUUCAGUCUUUCACAGCAAUAGUGAACAGCACAAAUCUGAUUAGAGCACUCCUUGUCAUGCAUUUUAUAGGUUAAUUGAAAGAGUAACUUGAUCAUUCUUGGCGAAUCACAGAGUGCCUGUAAACAGAUCCAGCCAUUUAUGGGAGGUGUUUAACAUUUUAUGAUAAUAUGGGAAUAUUACUUGGCUGAAAGAUGGAAAAGAUUAUUCUGUAUGCCACUGUACCAUAAUUUACUUAUGUUACCGCUUUUUGAAGGGGAUAAAGUUCAAAAGAAACUUUGAAGCUGGAGGGGUACCAUCAACCAUGUUGACCAUCAUAGAGAAUUUCUGAGGCUGACAUUUCAAGCAUUAGCCUUUCAUCAGAUGUCUGUUUAACUAGCUCUCUUGGGCGGAAUGUCAAGCAACAGUUUAGCCCAACUCCCCACAAACUGAGCAAAAGUUUGAAGUCCAGGUGCUUUAUCUCCAUUACAAUUUGUCUUUAUUGCAGGAGUGUUGAAUUUGACCCAUAUAAGUGGUCAUUCAUCAGAAGAUAUUCAGCCUCUUCAGUCUAAUAAAAACUGUAUCAUGCACAGUUAA